AAUUAUUCUCGAUAUAAAAGGGCGCAAUCUCUCCAAUAAGAGCAACAUCAUUUCAACUUUCCCCUUCCCGCUUUCCGUCUUUAAUCACCAUCUCCAAUUCUCUCUGUAGAAACGCCUUUCCGAAUGGCAACUCCCAAGGGUUUUGUCGCUGUUGCAGGCGCCGCAGGUAAUCUGGGUCAAUUGAUUGCAUUUGCAUUGCGCCGAAGGAAUGCAGCAGUGAAAGCAAUUGUCCGUCCGGGAACAGCACUAUCACGCACCCAAAAACUGCGCGAUUCCGGUGUAAUUAUCGCAGAAGUUGACUACAACAAUUUUCCCGCUCUGACAGAGGCUCUUCAAGGUGCCACCACCGUCGUUUCAGCACUCCAAGGACUUCGAGAUGUCAUGCUAAGCACCCAAGGAGCGCUCCUCAAAGCUGCCGUCGCUUCAAAAGUCCAAAGAUUCAUCCCUUCCGACUACGCCUUAGAUUUCACCAAGACAAAACCAGGUACUAAUCGAAACCUCGAUCUUCGACGAGAAUUCCAUGUCGAGCUUGAUAAAUCGGGCAUCCAAUGGACGAGCGUUCUAAAUGGAGGUUUCAUGGAACUCUUGCUAGCCGGCGAUCUCCCACUCAUCAAUGAUGCGUUCCACCGUAUUAUAUAUUUCGGUAGCGUCGAUCAGGUACUAGAUCUCACGACGAUGGUGGAUACCGCCGCAUACACUGCUGCGGUCGCUGUAGACCCCAAUCAAACACCUAAGUUCUUACGCAUUGCGGGGGACAAGUUCUCUUCCAAGGACUUAGCUGUGAUUGUAUCCAAAUUGCGUGGGCAGGAGUACACUCCGAUGUGGAUGGGUAGUCUGGGCUUUUUGAGGGUCAUGACGAAGCUCAUGAAGUUUGUCAUUCGUGGUGAGAACACUAAGCUACUGCCGCCGUGGCAAGGAUUACAGUACUUGGAGAACAUGGUCUCUGGGGCAGGCACUCUCGAUCCGCUGGAUAAUGAUAAAUAUCCUGAGUUAACGUGGACGACGGUGGAGGCAGGUCUGAAAGAAGCAGAUGCGAAGAAAUCAAAGAAGACAAAGUGAAGCAGAGUUCGUCUCGGUGGAUCUUGGAGGAGUGUGGUG